AUGGCGCUGAAGGUUGUGUCUCGCAUACGGUUUGCGAGACGGCACCUGUUAUCAGGCAGACUCAUGUACUGUUCGUGCCCAGAUUCGCCCUCCGUGCGCGCUUCUGCCGAUAGGACAAGUUCUUCUGAGUUUGAUUCUGCGAUCCAGUCACUCAAGGACAAUCUCCGGCCAGAGAGUCUAGCCCGGGUUCUCGAUUCCACAUCCGACUCGAGCUUGGCUCUUAGGAUCUUCAGAUGGGUUUCACAUCAGAGAUAUAACAUUCACACAGUUGACACCUACAGCUGUAUAAUCUCCAGGCUUACUGCUGUGGAAAAUCGUGAUGAGAUGGACAGCCUCCUCAGUGAGAUGGUCAGGCUGAAGGUGCCUGCGUUGGAGCAGGCCCUUAAUAAAUUAGUUGAGUGCCUGAGCAGUAAGAACCAAUUUGAUGAAGCUUUGCUGGUAAUCCAGCAUGCUAGCUCUCUGCUUAAGUUGUCAGUCUCAGCUUGCAAUGGAGUGCUGCAUGGUGUGGUCAAGCAAGGAAGGGGAUUGCGGUUGUUCAUGCUUGUGUACACGGAGAUUGUCAAGGCGGGAGUCCUCCCUGAUUUGGAGACACUGAAUUUGCUGAUCGAGGCCUUGUGUGAAUCUGGUCGUUUAGACUUGGCACUGAUUCAGUUUGACAGGAUGAGCAAGAAGAGGUGUACUCCUAAUAGUCAUACGUUUGAGGUACUGAUCACAGCACUUUGUUCCCACAGCAGAGCAGAUGAAGCUGUGAAGCUCUUUGAUAAGAUGCUGCAACUUAGAUGCUCCCCUGAUAGCAGCUUCCAUGCUCAAGUGAUGCCCCUGUUUUGCAGGUUCAGUAAAGUCAAGGAGGCAAUCAUGUUGCAUCGAAUGAUGAAAGAAGAUAACAUUCAGUUGAGUCUGCAGUUGUACAGUGCCUUGGUUAGAUGUUUGUGUGAGAAUCAACUAUUGGAUGACGCUACCAUAGUGCUCAAAGAGAUGAUUACAUCGGGUCAUGCUCCAAUGGCAAAGGAAAAUGAUGUCACUGAAACAGAACCAUAUAAUGUGCUGCUGACAUGGUUGUGUAGAAAUGACAGGCUGCAGGAUUCAGUAAGCUAUCUUGAGAAAUUGCACAGCAGAGGUUUUGUUGAUUGUGAGUCAUGGAACAUUGUUAUAACUCAGUUCUGCAAUGAAGGAAACAUCAGAAGAGCAUCUGAGCUCAUUGGUAGAAUGGUUGUUUCUUCAUUUGCACCAGACGAGACUACCUAUUCUGCUGUUAUAUCUUGUUACUGUCGAUUAGGAUUGUACAUAGAUGCCUUGAGUAUGUUCAGAAGGCUUGUAGAGAUUUUGUGUCACACAAAGAGGAUCCAAGAAGCUAUUGAAGUUUUUAAAUAUCACUAUAAAAGAGGCUUCAGUCUGACAAACAAGUCACUUGAUAUGCUAAUUGAAGGGAGUUGCUUGUCUGGAAAGAUCCGCGAAGCAGUCAAAUUGCGUACGUUGGCUGUUUGCACAGGCACUUCUUGUACAUUCUCCACUUAUGGCAUAAUUAUCCAAGCACUGCUCCAUUUGAAGAAGGGGAAAGAUGUAUUGACUCUCUUUGCACAAAUGCUGAUGGAAGGUUGUCCAUUGGAUGGGUAUGCAUACAAUAUUCUGUUGCGCUCUUUCCUCACCAAGGAGACAAUUAUUGAGGCUGCUAUCUUGUUCAACAGAAUGGUUAAUCAUUCCUUUUUUCCUGACCAAGAGACAUUUGAAUUGUUAGUCAAUGAUAUGGCUUUGUUUUCUUUUCUCAACAUGGUUGCACAAAGUUUACUGAAAGUGAUAGAUACAAGUGGAACAGUGAGCCCCAGAAUAUAUAAUAUUAUUAUUUAUGGACUUAUUAAAGAAGGCUUCAAGAGUGAGGCAUGCAAGUUUCUAGACCAAAUGCUGGAAAAGGGGUGGGUGCCUGAUUCAAGGACUCAUCGUGUCUUGGUCGGCAGCUCUGGUCUGGUGGAGGCUAGAGAGCUUGUUGAAGCCUACCAGACAGUGGAUGGUGACAAUGUGACGAACAUAUUGUUGGAAGGACUAGACUGA